AAUUCUAAACAAUAGCUUAAGUUGUUCGCCAGUAGAGGGCAAGGGAAAAAUAUGGCAGCGGUGAAGUUGAAAUCGAACGAAAAUUCUUGUACGAAGUCGUUCACUGAACAUAAGAAUGAAAAUAUACCAGAAGAAUUGACUUUUAGAUUAUAUGAUGCGUUUCUUAUUGUAUUAUCAAUGGGAACAUUUUUGGUGGAUUUGAGUACUGACGCAGUCUUGGUUGUCGAAUAUUUUGAAAAUGGGCACUUUUAUUGGGCUAUUAGUACUUUGUUACUAGUUGUUUUCCCAGCUGCUAUGGUGCAAGUGUUUAGUAUGCGGUGGCAUAUUAUGGAUGAAUCGGCAGGGCUAUUGCACUGGGUGGCUCACGUUUUCCUUUUGGGCUUGAUUCACAGGUAUGUUGUUGCAUUGAAGACCGGCUUUGAAGCACGCUCAUCAGGCGACCCUCUCGACUUCCAGCGGCUCUAUCAUCAGCAAAAUGACAUUUGUAUGUUACGUUUAUUUGAAUCGUUUAUGGAAUCUGCACCACAGUUGGUUCUUCAGUUGUACAUCAUGAUAUCUUUAGAAGAUUGGCGCAGUUGGACAGGUGUGUCAGCUGUUGCAUCACUUGCGUCUCUAGCUUGGGCAGUUGCAGCAUAUACCAAAGCUAUGAGACGUGCUCGUCCCGAUAAACGUUCAUUGUCUGCAGUAGGCUUCCUGCUGCAAGCAGUUUGGCGAGGAAGCAUGAUAACGGCCCGAAUAACAGCAUUGGUACUGUUUGCUGUUGGUUUUAAAGCAUGGCUGUUUUUAUUGCUUGGUGUGCAUUGGAUAGGAAUGACAGCUUGGAUAAUGUUCCAACAUACUGACUUCUGUCAGUCACCAUGGGAAGAAAAGAUAUAUAAUUGUGUUGUGGGUGUGAUAUAUUGCUUUUGUUUUUUCAAUCUCAAAGAGGGUCGCUCAAGAAAGCGUAUGCUUGUAUUUUAUGUCAUUGUUAUCCUACAGAAUGUCAGCUGUCUGGGAAUGUUCAUCGGUUUCACAGGAAUGACAAGGUUCAACCUUGUAAUCUUUGGCACCACUGCUGUUGUUGGUGGGACAAUAUUAGGUAUCAUGAGCAUGCUGCUUUAUUAUGGUUUUUUCCAUCCUGCUGGGCAUAUUAAAUUUCAUUCAGAAGCAGUAAAUCAUGAUGCACGUGAAACACAAAUGUCCACCAUGAAGUCAGAAAACACAGCAACAAUUCGCUCAUUAAAGCACUGUUGGGAUUUAUAUAAAGAACAACCAACUGGAAGGAUCAACAAUAUGCCAUCCAAUGGUGGCUCUCCACUUUCUGAUGAUGCCACAACAGACAAAAAUCUUCUGUUAAAUAACUGGGCACCAUGUCAAACAGCAACACCAACAGAAUUCUUAAAUCUGGGGCUGGAAAUUGCAGAUGAAAUAGAAAUUGUAAAAAAGGCAAGUGAGGAGCCCAGAACACUAAUUUCAACUACAAAAUAUGAUGUCUUAAAACGGAAAAGACGUGGUAUUUGUUCACCAGAGGAAUUAGGAAUAGAUACUGAACAUCCUUUGGAAGAUAUGAGCAGUCUGGAGGAUAUUGCUGCAACUACUGAUGCAAAUCUGCUCCAGAGGCCCUCAUUUUCACCUAUUCAUGAAAUUGGAAUCGACCCCUCAUUGGCUGAUGGGAAAAAUACAGUGAUAUUAGAUGAAAUGACAAGACAGAAACGCCGUGCUAUCUGUUCUCCCAUUGACUUCGAUGUUUUCAAUAGUGCACAUGAUAUGCAAAACAACAAGGAGGAGAAUGUUUUAUCAAUGUCAGUUGCUGAUGCAUCUACAGAAAGUGGUGGUGAAAUUCUUUGUGAACAAUUUUCAGGUACAGUAACAGAAAAGAAGUGUGAGACAGAACCUUGUAAUGUAAAUCACCAAGAUGUGCCUCCAGGUGGAAGUGAAGAUGCGCCAAGUGAAAUACUUUCAGUACCGAGUGAGGUGCUCUCAGCUCAUGACUAUGAGAAUAUCUGUGCUGUAAACAUUGCAAGAGAAGCUUGGGGUUUACGUUCUUGGCGUGGUUAUUCCGACAUAGAGACCUGGUUGCAUGAUGACAGUGUAGUGAGAGACAGAAGACGAGAUACUCUCACCAGCACAGUAACCACAAUUACUUCGGCAUCUUCAGACAAUUCGACGACAAGUGGGGAACCAUUAGCUGUCACUAUUUCUCCACCUCCAAUUCCCUGCAGGCGACCUAAUGUGGGAAUUAGAGUACAACGUUCAAGACAAGAUGAUUAUCUUGAUACAUUGGUUGAUGACUUGGCAGAAUGUGAAAGAAAUCAUAACUUACCAGAUUUUGUUUCUGAGCAAGAUGAGUUCAAUGUAUUCAUUGCUCGUCCUUAUGUUAUCGACCAGAAUGGAGCUUUCCAUCCUGUUACAACACUGGACACUAUCAUGGAAGAACAUGAAGAGUCAAGCACCGAAGCAGGUGACUCUAUUAAACUCCGCAGGAGGCAUGAUUCUGCCAGCACACUGGUUGCUACUAUAGAUGAGAUUCGGCGUGGCAGUUCUCUUUGUAACUUAUACAACUCAACAUGGGACAGCAGAAGCUGUAGUUCUGCAAGCACAUUGAGUGGUAGCCCACAAAAAUCUCCCAGCAAGAACAAAUUUCCUUUUGAUUCCGUUUACAGCACCUCUUUGCCAUCACUUCCCAGUUCUUCCUUGAGUACAAAUCCAUAUUCUCCAGUCACUCGUGACUCUCACUUGAUUUCAAAGUUGCAUGAUUCAUUAAAUGAUGACUGCAGAGUAUCUUCAAAGAUGGUUCCCAGUACCAUGUCCCAUGGACCAGAAAUUGUUUUGGAUGCAGUGUCAUAUUUAUCACCACCUGAUUCAGUUGCAGAACAUUCAGCUCAGCAACAAGCUUCCUGUGCAGAGGCAAAGAAGACUGGAAAAUCAAAUAGAAUUAGAAGAAAAUUUUCUUUACUGAGAGAAAAAUUUGAACAUAAAGAAUCCGAUCAUGAUAUAAGUCAGCAGUUAGACACUUUCACUUCAGCAGAUGUCAAAAAUUGUACAAAACCAAUUUCAGAUUUCUGUGUGACUGUGAAAAAUGAUAUUGUGCUUGACAUAUCAGCUGAAAAGAUGGAAGAACCAUCAGAUAAGGAAAACGUGAUUCCAGCAGUCACAUCUCGUAUCAAACAGUGGAACAGUAUUUUGAAAGGUCAGAAUACAGACCAGAGACUACACUUUGAAGUGCCUAGUGUACGUGGUGAAACAGAAAGGGAAACUAGUAAACCAGUGAAGGUAGGCUACUUAAAUUUGAAAGAGAGGAGGAGUGUUUUCUUAAAACAAGUCUUGUCUCCACCUAGAUUUCAAAGUAAACCCAAGAGGACUUCUUUGUCAGCAGCAUGGAAGGGUGUUUACGUGUCAUAAGUUCUUAUCUUAGAAGGGAAAUAUGUUUGACGUAGCAAACAUGUUAUCAGUACAAAGAUCGUCUCCUUAGAUGUACAAAAAUAGUGCCACAGUACUGUGCUGCCUUUUCUGUUAAUGUUGUAACAAGACAAACUACAAGUUUACUGCUGUAUCAAAAACAUUAUAAAUUAAACAUAUUUAAAUUUGGUUUCAAGGUGCAAAACAUUUAAAAUGUGUAAUUUAUGAAUACAUACAUCACAAUGGCGAUGUAAUAAAUGGUGCUAUAUUUUUAUUUAUAUUUGAGUACAUAUCUGUAAAUAAGAUUUUUCUAUGAAUGUUUUAUGUAUAAUAUACAAAACUGCUUUUAUAUUUUACUGAUACUGGUAUGUGAUUGUCACAGUGUACAGUUUAUUUAUCAGUGCAUUCUACUGACGCUAAUGUAAAAUAUUGCUCGAUGAAAAUGUAUUUAUGAGUUUGAUCACUGAUAUUUGUACAUCUUGUUCAUGAAGUUAUAAAAAAAACUGAUUGAAGUGUUGAA